AUGGCGACUUGCAUAAACAAUAGUCGACUGAAGGCCGAGGGCAUGGGCCAACACAACAAUGCCCAACACUACAAGAACCAGAACUUCGAGGAACUUCAAGCAGUAUGUCUGAGGAAGGGGGUGCUGUUUGAGGACCCCUUGUUCCCCGCAGAACCCAGGUCUCUAGGUUUCAAGGAUCUGGGCCCUAACUCCAAACAGGUACAGAACUUCAGCUGGCAGAGGCCCAAGGAGAUCUCAAGCAACCCCCAAUUCAUCAUGAAUGGUCUCUCUCCCACAGACAUCUGCCAAGGGGUCCUCGGGGACUGCUGGCUGCUGGCUGCCAUUGGCUCCCUCACCACAUGCCCCAAACUGCUGUACCGUGUGGUGCCCAAGGACCAGACCUUCAAGAAAAACUAUGCUGGCAUCUUCCAUUUUCAGUUUUGGCAGUUUGGACAGUGGAUGGACGUGGUGGUGGAUGACCGGCUGCCCACUAAGCAUAACAGGCUAGUGUUCGUGCAUUCCGCUGAGCGCCAUGAGUUCUGGAGCGCCCUGCUGGAGAAGGCCUAUGCCAAGCUCUGUGGAUCCUAUGAAGCCCUGGCAGGGGGCAGCACCAUGGAGGGCUUCGAGGACUUGACUGGGGGUGUGGCCCAGAGCUUCCGACUCAAGAAGCCCCCUCACAACAUGCUGAAGAUCCUUAGAAAAGCUCUGGAUCGGUCUUCCCUCAUGGGCUGCUCAAUCGAAGUCACCAGUGACAGUGACAUGGAAUCGAUAACCCAUAAUAUGCUGGUGAGAGGACAUGCUUACUCAGUGACUGGCAUUGAGAAUAUCCUCUACAGAGGCAAGAUGGAAACUCUGAUUCGGGUCCAGAAUCCCUGGGGCCGGAUUGAGUGGAAUGGAGCCUGGAGUGACAAAGCCAAGGAGUGGGAAGAGGUGAGCCCUGACAUCCAGGUGCAGCUCCUACGGAAGAAAGAAGAUGGGGAGUUCUGGAUGUCCUACGAAGACUUCAUGAGCAACUUUACACUCCUGGAGAUCUGCAACCUGACCCCGGAUGCACUUUCCUCCUGGGACCACAGGAGCUGUUGGCACACCAUCUUCUAUGAGGGCAGCUGGAGGAGGGGCAGCACUGCAGGGGGCUGCAGGAACAACCCUGAGACAUUUUGGACCAACCCCCAAUUUAAGAUCUGCCUCCCAGAGGAGGACGACCCAGAGGAUAACGCCAAGGACAAGGAGGUGGUGUGCACCUGCCUGGUGGCCCUGAUGCAGAAGAACUGGAGGCACACUGGGCCCCAAGGAGCCCAGCUGCUCACCAUUGGCUUUGUCGUCUUCUCGGUUCCAAAGGAGUUUCAGAACCUCCAGGAUAUCCACUUGAAGAAAGAAUUCUUUGUGAAGUAUCAGGACCACGGCUUCUCAGAGAUCUUCACCAACUCCCGGGAGGUGAGCAGCCAUCUUCGGCUGCCUUGUGGGGAAUAUAUCAUUGUCCCCUCUACCUUCGAACCCCACAAAGAUGCAGACUUCCUGCUUCGGGUCUUCACGGAGAAGCACAGCGAGACCUGGGAGCUGGAUGAAAUCAACUGUGCCGAGCAUCUCCAGGAGGAGACCAUCUCUGAGAAGGAUAUUGACCAAGAGUCCAUUCGCUUGUUUGAGAUUGUGGCAGGCUUGGACAAGGAAAUAGAUGUGUAUGAACUACAAAAACUUCUCAACAAGAUCACCAGUAAAUUCAAGAACUUCAAGACCAAAGGCUUUGGCUUGGAUGCCUGUCGCCGUAUGCUCAACCUCAUGGAUAAAGAUGAUUCUGGCAAGCUGGGGCAUCUGGAGUUCCAGGUCCUGUGGAAAAAAAUCAAGAAAUGGACGGACAUCUUCCGAGAGUGUGACCAGGACCAGUCCGGCACCUUGAACUCCUAUGAGAUGCGCUUGGCAAUUGAGAAAGCAGGCAUUAAGAUGAACAGCAAGGUGACCCAGGUGGUAGUAGCUAGAUACUCAGAUGACAAUAUGAUGGUGGACUUUGACAACUUUAUCAACUGUUUCCUGAGGCUGAAAGCCAUGUUCUCGUUCUUUCUAUCCAUGGACCCCAAGAAUACUGGUUCUAUCCGUUUGAAUAUGGAGCAGUGGCUGCAGAUUACCAUGUGGGGGUAG